UGUGUUCCGGGCGCGCGGAGGGAAGGCGAGGCUGCGGCGGGUCAUGCCCACGGUGUAGCCGCGAAGCGGAGGCAUGGCUGCCGGAAGGUUCCUGCUCUACACGGGCCUCUCGCUAGCGCUCUGCGCCCUGGGCAUGCUGGCCGUGGCCGUCUGCUCAGACCACUGGUACGAGACGGACGCCAGGAAGCACAGGGACAGGUGCAAGGCCUUCAACACGCGCCGGGUCGACCCUGGCUUCAUUUACAACAAUAACAACAACUUGCCGCUCCGGGCCAGCCGCUCGCGCCUGGACCGCUGGGAGGGCACACUUCUCCGGGCCCGGAAUCGCCGGCAGCUCUUCGCCAUGAGCCCCGCCGACGAGUGCAGCCGGCAGUACAACUCCACCAACACGGGCCUCUGGAGGAAGUGCCACCGACAGGGCUUCGACCCGGAGAUCGCGGCCCUGAUUCGGAAAGGAGAAAUUGAGAGAUGCACGUACAUCAAAUACCACUACUCCUCAGCCACCAUCCCCAGGAACCUCACCUUCAACAUCACGAAGACCAUCCGCCAAGAUGAGUGGCACGCCCUGCACCUGCGUAGGAUGACGGCCGGCUUCAUGGGCAUGGCGGUGGCCAUCAUCCUCUUCGGCUGGAUCAUCGGCGUGCUGGGCUGCUGUUGGGACCGAGGCCUUAUGCAGUAUGUGGCAGGGCUUCUCUUCCUCAUGGGAGGAACUUUCUGCAUCAUUUCACUGUGCACCUGUGUGGCCGGAAUCAACUUUGAGCUGUCACGCUAUCCACGCUACCUGUAUGGACUCCCCGACGACAUCAGCCAUGGCUACGGAUGGUCCAUGUUCUGUGCUUGGGGGGGCCUGGGCCUCACGCUAAUCUCGGGAUUCUUCUGUACCUUGGCCCCUUCUGUCCAACCUGUCCCGAGGACCAACUGCCCCAAAUCCAGACCCGAGAAUGGGACAGUGUGCUAAAAAAAA